CCACAGGCGGCCGGCGACUAGGAUCCGAUCGAGUAGCAUCUAGCAUAGGAGGAUGAAGAAUCAUGGCAAGGGGAAGAGGAAGAGGAAGAGGCUGGACGGCGGCGGUGGCGGCACAAGAAACAGCGAUAAGCUCGAGGAGCAGUCGGUCACCGGCACCGAGGGCGAGGGCGAGUGCCGGUCGAUCUUCUUCGUUGUAAAUAUCUUGAUCGGCAGCAGUCGCGCGGUGGCCUCCCUCUACAAGGUGGAUCAUCCCUACCCGUGCUCCCCGAGUCCCAGGCGGCUUCACCCGGUCGCCACCAUGGAUGCCACGGCCGGCAUCACCUACGUGCCCCUGCAGACACGCAGCCGCAGCCGCAACCGCAGGUGGAUCCUCGCCAUCAGCGCCCGCCGCACCAUCGUCUUCGACGCCGACACCGAGGAGCUCAUCCCUGGGCCGGACCUCCUCAGCGAAAAGGAAUCCCCCGCGCUCGUGUACGUGGAGGACAAGAUCUACGCCCUCUCGACCUUUCCCCAGAUAAAGGGAGAACGGGAUUUGGAGCCCUGGUUCGAGGUCCUUGACCUGUCCACUGCCAGAGUCGUCGACGGCCGCCUCCAGGGCUGCUCCUGGGAGGAGCUUCCCAGCCCGCCAUGCUUCCCUUCUCCGUCUCCAGGGAGCCGUACUGUGGAGGAGGAUCUCCAGGGAGCCGCCGUACCGGAGCCAUCGACGCCUAGGCAGGCGCCGCCGUCUCCGUGCGGCCACACCAAAUCGCCAAGGCGCCGCCGCCCCCAAAUCGCCGUGAGAGAGAUCGGGAGAGAAGGAGAAGAAGAGGCAAGGACUGGGGAAUGGAGAUCUGAAACGAUUCGGGAUGUUUUUUGUAAAUAUCCAUCCACCUCCGUUACCCCUGUCCGACGUGGCAACAGUCAACGGUAG